AUGGUGAGUGAGAAAAAGCUGCUAGAUGAUCCUCUUGAACUAAGUCUAACUGAAGAUGAAUUGACGGAGCAAGAAGGACAAGAGGUCAUGGGGUAUGUGAAGUGGCUUGAUUCUUAUGGGCCUUUGAACAGAAGAUACUUUGAGGAAUUGGGAGCGGUUCUAAAAGAGCUGAAGCCAUCGACUGAAAAGCCCCCAGAACUUGAAUUGAAGGUGCUUCCUAGUCACUUGAGGUAUGAGUUUUUAGGUCAAGAUAAAAAACUGCCAGUUAUUGUUUCAGCUUCUCUCUCUGAUGUGGAAACUGAUAGACUUUUGAGGGUACUUCGAGCUCAUAACAAGGCCAUCGCUUGGACACUAGGAGAUGUUAAAGGAAUCAGUCCUUCAAUAAUGAUGCAUCGAAUUCUCAUGGAAGACAACGCCAAACCAACAAUUGAUGCUCAAAGAAGACUCAAUCCACCCAUGAAAGAAGUAGUCAGAAAAGAAGUAGUUAAGUGGUUGGAUGCUGGAGUUGCUUAUCCUAUUUCAGAUAGUAAAUGGGUUAGCCCGGUGCAAGUGGUCCCGAAGAAAGGUGGAAUGACGGUGAUCAAGAAUGAAAAGAAUGAGUUGAUUCCUACAAGAACGAUCCUUACGAUAGCUAUAGCACCUGAAGAUCAGGAGAAGACAACUUUCACAUGCCCCUAUGUGUUUGGUUCUUCCUUUGAUCAUUGUUUGGAAAACCUGGAAAAAGUACUAACAAGGUGCGAGAAGUCUAACUUGGUGUUAAACUGUGAGAAGUGUCACUUUAUGGUAACAGAAGGAAUUGUUCUUGGGCACAAAAUUUCAAAAGCAGGAAUUGAGGUGGAUAAAGCAAAGGUCUCAACAAUAGAAAAUUUGCCACCUCCAGUUUCUGUAAAAGGAGUGAGGAGUUUCCUGGGACAUGCUGGCUUCUACCGUAGAUUUAUCAAGGAAUUCUCUAAAAUCUCAAAACCUUUAUCGAGCUUACUUGUAAAUGGAGUUCCAUUUGAGUUCGGAGAAGAUUGUUUAAAAGCUUUCAAGAUUUUAAAGGAGAAAUUGAUUACAGCACUGAUAGUAACUUCACCAAAUUGGGGACUGCCGUUUGAGUUGAUGCGUGAUGCUAGUGACUAUGCCAUUGGAGCGGUUCUGGGUCAAAGAGUUGACAGACAAUCGGUACAUUCUUUUGUUGUUGAUUAUGUGUCUAAAUGGGUCGAAGCGUCAGCUACACCUCAAAAUGAUGGAAAGACAGUUCUCCGCUUCUUACAAAAGAACAUUUUUACUCGGUUUGGUACUCCUCGAGCAAUAGUAAGCGAUGAAGGGAGCCACUUUUGUAACAAGCAGUUUGAAGCACUUCUUUCAAGAUAUGGUGUUCGACAUCGAACUGCUUUACCAUACCAUCCCCAAAGUAAUGGCCAAGCUGAAAUCUCUAACCGAGAGAUUAAGAUGAUUCUGGAGAAAACAGGGAGAAAAGAUCACAUUACGGUGAAUGAGCUAGAUGAAUUUCGGAACGAAGCCUAUGAAAACGCAAAGAUAUACAAAGAGAGAACUAAAAAGUAG